CUCAUACCCUCAGUUUCACAACAAACUGCAGGGUGGAGCUAUUGCAGCUACAAUGUAACUAUUGAAUAAAAUCUACAUCUACAUGUAGCCUCUUCUAUAAUAAAAAAAAAAAUGAAGCCAAUAUUUGUCAUUUUGACAUUGGGGGCUGUGGCGAGCUGUGGAGUGCUAUCGAUGGUACUGUACUUUGUUUUAUCCGCAACGUCUGCUCCAACAGAGGACUGGCAGAGGGCCACUUCUAUCUACAACUUCUCAGCGACAGAUAUAGAUGGCAAUUUGGUUUCCCUGGAAAAAUAUAGGGGUGAUGUUGUCAUCAUCACCAAUGUUGCCUCUAAAUGAGGUAAAACCCCAGUAAACUACUCUCAAUUUGCGGAAAUGCACGCGAAGUACGUUGAGAGCGGUUUACGCAUCCUUGGGUUCCCUUCUAACCAGUUUGGGAACCAGGAGCCUGGUACUGAAGCUCAGAUCAAGCAGUUUGCUGGUUCCUACAAUGUUCAUUUUGACAUGUUCAGUAAGAUCGAUGUGAACGGGGCCAGCGCUCAUCCUUUGUGGAAGUGGCUGAAAGAGCAGCCCAACGGGAGAGGCUUCUUGGGAAAUAGCAUCAAGUGGAAUUUCACAAAGUUUUUGAUCAACAGAGAGGGUCAGGUUGUGAAAAGAUAUGGACCCCUGGAUGAUCCAAGCGUGGUUGAAAAGGAUCUCCCCAAAUACUUAAAUGUCUAAUGGAUGAUUGACGCCUCACUUACUGAAAGCCUACUACAUUACUUAUGUCAUCACCUGUUUAUCUCCUCUCUCUGCCUCUCUGAGCACCAGUGAAUAUAGUUAGUCUUACCCCAGAUCAGUGACGGUCUGCUCAUAAACCCGCACAGCGGAUAGAGCAGACCUGAUGAAAAUGGCGUGCAAACCUCCUGGGAGGACGACCAACCUACAUUCACUUGGUUCUCAGGAGAGGUGGAGGAGGGAUCUAUUACAGCUUCUUGUAGAAGAUUUGUGUGUGGUGUAGUUUUCUAAAUAAAAUGCACUAAGGUUUAAUCUAA